AUGGGGUUUCUUCUUGUUGCUGCUACCAAUAUCCUCGUCUUUCUCUCUCUUGGUUUUGUUGUUGCAGACCAACCCCUCUACGAUUACUCUGCCUACACUCAGUGUAAAGUGGAAGCCGAGGAUCCUCUGUAUAACGGUGGGAUCCUAAAAGACGUAGCUACAACUAUGGAAUCCAUUGAUGAUGGUGAUGGAACCUUCACCUCAUGGCCUGCUUUCGUCUUGCCAAAUCUCACUCCCCACACAUUCUAUACUUUCUCCAGUUGGAUCAAGAUCCAUGGUUCGGAUUCAUCCUUGAUUACCGCAAGACUUGUGAACGGGAAUUCAUCGGGAAAAUGCGUCGGAACGGUUCUUAGCCGUCACGAUUGUUGGUCAUUCCUCAAGGGUGGAUUUUUCUUUAAUUCUGAGUCGCAUCCUUCCCUAAUUUACUUUCAGAAUUCUGACAACAUGGAUAUUACCAUAACCAUUUCUAGUGCAUCAUUACAACCCUUUACCAAAGAGCAAUGGUCAUUUCAACAAAACUACAAGAUCAAUACAGAACGGAAACGUGCCGUCACGAUUCACGUGUCAGAUAAACAAGGUGCUAGAUUGCAAGGGGCGGCGGUUCGUGUCGAGCAAGUUGCCAAAGAUUUUCCCUUUGGCUCUGCUAUAAACAAUUUCAUCAUCGGAAAUGUACCUUAUCAACAAUGGUUCGUGGAGCGGUUUAACGCAGCUGUAUUUGAGAACGAGCUUAAGUGGGCAGCAACCGAGCCAGAACAAGGGGUUUACAACUAUACAUUUGCCGAUAAAAUGCUAGAUUUCGUUCGGGCUAACCAGAUUGUGGCCAGAGGUCAUAACAUCUUCUGGGAGGACCCAAAAUACCUCCCGCCGUGGGUGCUAAACCUGACCAGUCCCGAGCUAGAGUUAGCUGUGAAACGGAGAAUCAAGAGCCUGAUGACAAGGUACAGAGACGAAUUCGUCCAUUGGGAUGUUAGCAACGAGUUUCUUCAUUUCAAUUUCUACGAAGAGAAACUCGGGGAAAACGCCACUUACGAAUUCUUCAAAGCUGCGCAUGAGGCCGACCCCUUAGCGACGCUUUUCAUGAACGAUUUUAAUGUGGUGGAGAGCUGCAGAGAUGUUAAAUCUACGGUGGACACUUAUAUUUCGAAAAUCCGCGAAUUGAGGAGACACGGAGUGUGGAUGGACGGGAUCGGCUUGGAGAGUCACUUUGAUGAGCCAAACCUUCCACUAAUGCGAGCCAUUCUCGACAAAUUUGCAACUUUACAGAUUCCGAUUUGGCUUACGGAGGUCGAUAUCACGAAUCAAUUGGACCAAGAAACACAGGCAAGUUACUUGGAAGACGUGUUAAGAGAAGGGUUUUCGCACCCUUGGGUGAAUGGAAUAAUGUUGUGGUCGGCGUUGAAGCAGAACGGAAAGUGUUAUCAAAUGUGUCUAACGGAUACGAAUUUCAAUAAUCUUCCGGCGGGUGAUGUCGUGGACAAGCUUCUAAAAGAAUGGGAAACCGGGGUUAUGAAGAGCCAAACCGACGAACAUGGUGCUUUUAGCUUUUACGGGUUCUUAGGGGAGUACAGGGUGAGUGCUAGUUUUGGUGGCAAAACCACCAACUCCACAUUUUCAGUUAGUAGAAGUGAUGAAACACGACAUUUUAGUAUUCAGAUAUGAAUUCGCAUCCUAUAUAUUGUGGUAAUCUGUACAAUGCAUUAGGAUUUGUUUCUUCAAAUUGUUUCAUUAAUUUGUUAUGUUUUUACAA